UCUCGCCUCGAUCCGGGCUCUCGCGCUCCCGAGUGUUAAACUAUUGCCCCCACCCCGUUCGGCGAUGUUGGCGCAGGAAAUAUUUAGCCAUUGCCUCUAUUUCCAUCUAUCGUUAUCCUGUGCCCUGUAUAACUCUACUUAGUCAUUCUCUCCCCCCGUCCGAGCUGCUUCUUCUCCAUCCCAGAGAGCUGGGACAGGAAGAAGAAAACUACGAGUGGCCCGUAUGGAUCCGUCAGUUCCCCUAGACCAGCUCAUCCCGCCGCCAACUGAGCGCAAUGACUCCCACAAGGAGUACGGGAUCGCCAUCGCGUGCAUCAUCCUUGGCGCCCUAGGCAGCGCCUUCGUCAGCGCUCGUCUAUGGUAUCGAGUGCGUACGAAGACCAUCGGCGUGGACGACUAUGCCAUGAUCCCGUCGUUCAUACUGUAUCUCGGCUGGACCGUCCUCACCGUGUACGCGGUGCUCGCGAGCGGGGCCGGGAAGCCGCUCAACGAGAUCACGCUGGCCGAGUACACGAUCUGGUUCCAGUGCAUCCUCGCGGUGACGUGGCUGUACCCGGUGACGUCGGGCGCGAUCCGCGCCUCCAUCAUCCUGUUCUACUACCGCAUCUUCGCCGACGGCCACGGCAGCGCCCUGCGUGCCUCCAUCUGGGUCCUGCUCGCCCUCCAGGCCGUCUACGUCGUCGUCUUCUCCAUCCUGCCCGCCUUCAUCUGCCGCCCCUUCUCCGUCGCCUGGCUCCCCAUCGAGCGCGCCCCCUUCUGCAGCACCAACUACUGGAACGCCGCCCAGGUCACUCUCUACAGCGUCAGCCUCGCCUUCGACGUCAUCCUCGUCUUCUUCCCCGUCGUCCCCGUCUCGAAGCUCAAGAUGCCCCUCAAGAAGCGCGUCGGCGUCGCCAUCAUGUUCAUGCUCGGAGCAUCUGCGAGCGUCGCGUCAGCGUAUAAGCUCGCGGCCUACGUAGCGGAUUUGCCUCGAACGCACACAAGCGACCCUCAUUGGUUCGACUACCUGAUGUCGCGCUUCAUCCCGGUGCAGUUCGACAACUACGGGGUGACGGUGUGGAUCCCGGGGCAACUGGAGCCGACGCUGGCGCUGCUGGGCGCGUCGCUGCCGGCGGUGUACCCGCUGUUCAAGUCGGUGUCGGGGCGCGUCGCCACGCGGCUCUCGGCGCAGCACCGCAGCAGCAACAAGCCCGCGGGCUCGUCGUCCGGCGGCUCCGGCGGCCGCCCCCCCCCGCGCAACUACGACCUCAUCACCUUCGGCACCCCCCGCAAGUUCCAGAAGCUCUCUGACUCCCAGAUCGAGCUCCGCACCACCACCAUCCCCCUCGACGCCUCGUUCGCCGACACUAGGACCUCGGCCGCUGGCGCCGAUGUUUCGCGCGCGUCGCCCGAGAGGGGGGUCGCGAUGUAAGUGGGCGGGGUUCACUUACGGAAAACGGGGAGAUGGGAAUCGGUAAAAGGUGGCGUGCGGGCGGGGCAUGGGUCUUGUAUGGCUUGCUUGGUCGGAUUUUAGGGUAAUACUGGGACUGGACAUAACUUAUACCACAUAUACUUAUAGGCAGUAGGAUAUGCAAACGAUAGGUUCGUUGGGUAGAGUAGAGUUAUCACGAAGGUGAUGGAACUACGUUCGAUACACGAACGCGAGGAGCUCUGUUCGGAAGCACAGCUUCCGUGUGUGAGUUGCUAAUUUAUAGUAGUCGAUGGGCGACGUAAA